CUUCUCUCAAUGCUAGGUCGUCUCACACACACACCACCACUGGCUGACAUCACUGGGACCCCUCCUCCCCACGACCACCUGCUACUCAUCCCUGAACCCCUCCUUCCUCCUUGGAGCAACCAUGGCGUUGUCUUCACGCUUAAAGCUGUGGGAGCAGAAGAUAAAGGAAGAGAACAAACCGGUGCCUGCAACCAUCCCUCCACCGCCGCUGUCGGUUCUGCCAGGAGGCAUCCUGAAACAGCUCGUCAGAGAUUCAGAGAAGGAGACCAAACAUAAAGAGCCAGAGGUCAAAGAGGUCAAAGAGGAGAGAGCACCGAGCAAACUGAGCGACAACCUAGUGCAACAGUUUCUGGUCCCAGAUCAGACUCCUCCAAUCCUCGAGGCAGAGAUGGCGCUGCGGGCUGAACAGGUCAACAACAGCAAACAGAAAAGGUCCAACUCUGCCCAGUCAGACGGCAGGGCCUCAUCUCAGCGCCACAUAAUGACUCCAGACUCUGACAGUAAACUGGAAGGCAGACAAACUGUAACACCAGAGCCACCAAAGCAAAACCAGCAGCAGGCAAAGAAGCAGGAAACGAGCAGCAAGAAGCCAAUGCAGCCCGAGCGGAAAGAGGAGACGAUAGAGGAGGUGAAGCAGGUGGAAAGAAACCAGAAUGAGAUUGAAGAGAGGCAGGAACCUGAGGGAAGGCAGGCGGACACAACUGUAACAGAGCAGGAAAGGAAAGAGGUGAAGGACGUGUGGUACGAGGCUGGACCUGUGUGGUACGUCCACAAGGAUGGUUUCACCCGCGCCAUUCAGCUGAAGCCAGAUGAAGGCACACCUGAACUCCCAGAAGGCCGGGUGAGAGUCCGCCUGGAAACAGACGGGUCGUUCCAUGAUGUUGCAGAGGUGGAAGUUGAGAAGUGUAACCCGUCAGAGCUGGACCUGUGUGAAGAUCUGAGCGACCUGCGGAGCGUGAAUGAAAGCGGGGUUCUGCACACUCUGACCACUCGAGCUAAAGCCAACAUGCCCCUCACACAUGCUGGCCCCAACCUGGUCAGUUUGUGGCCCCCCCUUCAGACCCACAGCAAGACACCAAAAUCACGGCGAGGGGAGUCUUUGUGGGACGCCCCUCCUGCUCUGGCAGCCCUUGUCAAACGGGUAUAUUUGUCGUUGGUUGGAACCCGGAGGGACCACAGCGUGUGUGCGCUGGGACGAAGCGGCACAGGCAAGACCACCACAUGCCAAGCUUUUACACAUGCUCUGCUGAAACAAGCCGGGACAGCUGGACAAAACAUCAGCGUGGAGCGUGUGCACGCCAUGUUCACCAUCCUGAGGUCCUUUGGCUGCGUGAGCUCGCAGCACAGCGACGCGUCGUCUCGAUUUGCCAUGGUCUUCUCUCUGGACUUUAACCAUGCCGGUCAGGUCUCUGCGGGACACCUGCAGACUAUGAUGCUGGACAAAUGGAAAGUCUGCCAGAAAACUCCAGGAGAAAGCAACUUCCUGGUCUUCUCUCAGAUGCUGGCGGGACUCAGCACAGAAAUGAGGACAGAACUGCAGCUGCACCAACUCCCUGAAUCUAACUCCUUUGGUAUACUUCAGCCAACCAAGGUGGAGGAAAAACAGCGAGCGUCUGUUGCCUUCACCAAGCUGCUGACUGCCAUGGAAACACUAAGCUUCUCUGUCGGCGAGCAGAAGGCGAUCUGGCACGUUCUGGCUGCUAUUUACCACCUGGGAGCUGCUGGGGCCUGUAAAGUGGGCAGAAGGCAGUUUGUGAACUUUGACAGCGCUCAGGCAGCCAGCAGCGUACUGGGAUGUGAGGCGGAGGAGCUGGAAACUGCCGUCUUUAAACAUCACCUGCGGCAGCUUCUGCAGAAAGCCACCGGAGUCAGCAGAGAAAGGAACGAAUCUGAUGAGGGUCCCCGUCUAACAGCUUCCCAGUGUUUGGAUGGGAUGACUGCUGGACUCUAUGAAGAGCUUUUCACCACCAUAGUCUCACUGAUCAACAGAGCACUGAGCAGUGAGCAGCUGGCGCUGGCCUCUGUGAUGGUGGUGGACACGCCAGGCCUGAGGAACCCCAGACACUGUGCAGAAGAGCGAGGAGCCUGCUGGUCCGAGCUGUGUCACAACUACCUGCAAGAGCGGCUGCUGGAGCAUUACCACACACACACCUUCAUACACUCACUGGAGAGAUACGCACAGGAGAGGAUUAAUGUGGAAUUUGAGUGCCCUGAGAGCAGCUCUUCAGAAGUUGUCUCCGCCAUCGAUCAGUCGCCCCCGCAGGUCCGGGCAGCAGAUGUAGACCCCCGAGGUCUCCUGUGGGUUCUGGAUGAGGAGAUGAUGACACCGGCCUCCUGUGAAGGUGCCGCCCUUGAGAGGGUCUGUCAGUAUUACAGCAACACAGUGCGUCAGUGUGAGCAGCCUCUUCAGUGCGAGGUGAACCACCUGACUGGCUGUGACCCUGUCCGGUAUGACCUGACGGGAUGGUUCGGUCGGAUCCAGAACAACCCAUCUGCUCUUAAUGCCAUUACUCUGCUUCAAAAUUCCACCAUAGGUGUGGUGAAGACUAUGUUCACACCAAGAAUCUCCCUGCCCCCUCUGUGUCGAGGCCUGGGCGGGUUGGAGGGCGGCAGUCAGCGGGCUCUACAGCGGAACGGCACCAUCCGGAAAACCUUCAGUGGUGGGAUGGCAGCAAUACGUAGACACUCCCAGUGUAUAGCUGUGAAGCUUCAAGCAGAUGCUCUGGUGAACCUGAUUCGUCGAGCUAGGCCAGUGUUCCUGCAGUGUGUGGAUGCAAAACCAAACGGCGGCACCUUUGAUGUCCCAGCCCUUAGAGCUCAGCUGCACAGCACUCACAUCCUGUCGGCCCUUCAGCUCUACCGCACAGGUUAUCCAGAACACAUGACACUCAGUGAUUUCAGGUGCUAUUUUCAAGCUUUAUCUCCUCCCAUUAUGAAGCGUUAUGCCUCCAUAUUUGUCAGCCACGACGAAAGAAAGGCAGUGGAGGAGCUGCUGGUCGAGCUGGACAUAGAUAAAAAGAGCAUCGUAGUUGGUGCCAGCAGGGUUUUCAUGAAGCGAGGUGUGUUACAAUACCUGGAGCAGCAGAGGGAUCAGCAGGUCACUGGGUGGCUGGUUUACCUCCAGGCCGCCUGUAAAGGACAUCUGGGACGUCAGAUGUACCGCAAGCUCAAGGUACAACAGAUGGCGGUAAGAUGUCUGCAGAGGAACCUACGGGUUUUGAACACUGUAUCCAAGUGGAGCUGGUGGAAACUUUUCUGCAGGGUACGUCCUUUGCUUGAUGUCAACAUGGAAAACGAAAGACUCAGAGCCAAGGAGGAUGAGGUGUCAGCUCUGAGGCGGCGCCUGGAGAAGUCUGAGAAGGAGAGAAAUGAGCUGAGGCAGGCAACAGACAGCCUGGAGACCAAGGUUACGGCUGUGACAUCCGAGCUAAGCGAUGAGCGUUUCCGUGGAGAUGCGGUGGGCCAGGCUCUGGAUGUGGAGAGGGCGGAGAGACUUCGACUCAGCAGGGAGAACAAAGACCUGCUGGCUCGGCUGGACCAGUUUAAAGUUACCAUGGAAACCCUGGAGAAGCAGCUUGAGGAGGAGAAGCAGAAAGCUCAAGCUGCUGCAAAUCAGAGAGGAGCUGCAACAGAGGGUGAACUCACCACGCAGCUGGAGUGCUGCCAGACGGAGGUAGAGUUCGUCCGCAGGCGACUGAAGCAGACGGAGGAGAAGCUGGAGACGGAGAGGCAGACCAGGCAACAGCUCGACGCCAAGGUCGCAGCACUGCAGGCCCAGCUGGAGCAGUCUCGGAGGAGCAUGUUGGAGCUGAAACGUCACUGCCGCCGGGUGACCUCUGACCUUCAGGAUGCUAGAGUGCUCAGCGAUGCCCUGCAGAGCCGCAUGCAUGAACUGGAGCGCAAACAGAGAAGGUUUGAUAAUGAGCUGGCUCAGGCUUUAGAGGAAGCCAAUAACACCAGAGAGCAAAAGGAAAAAGUCUUACAAGAGAAUUCAGCUCUGGGGACUGAAGUAUUCAACCUGCGGCGCAGCCUACAGGAGAGCCAGUCGGAGGUGAGUCGCCUGCAGAAGCAGAAGGAGGAGUUGUGUGCUCAGAUCAGAGACCUCAGCCUGCCGGUUGAUCUCGCCUCAGAUUCGGUGCCUGACAUGAAGAAACAGAUUCGUCUCCUGGAGAGCCAAGCCAGCGAGAGAGCUGAAGAAAUGUCCAAACUCUCCGCCCAAAUUCAGCAACAGCAGCAGAUCCACAUGCGUUUUGAGAUAGAGAUGGAGAGGAUGAAGCAGAUGCAUCAGAAAGAGUUGGAGGACAAAGAAGAAGAGCUGGAGGAUGUCCAUAAGUCCUCUCAAAGAAGGCUAAAGCAGCUGGAGAUGCAGUUGGAGCAGGAGUACGAGGAGAAGCAGAUGGUGAUUCAUGAGAAGCAUGACCUGGAGGGACUCAUUGCAACUUUGUGUGAGCAGGUGGGACACAGAGACUUCGAUGUAGAGAGGAAGCUAAGGAGAGACUUGAAGAGAACCCACGCUCUGUUGGCUGACGCCCAGCUACUCCUCGCCACCCUCGACAGUUCUGGACAGAACCUUCCCGACGGCAGCAAAGACCAAAUUGAGCGUCUGCACUGCCAGCUGGAGGAAAGUGAGGCGAGGCGGCUGGAGGCCGAGAACAUGCAGAAGACUCUCUCUAUGGAGCUGGAGAACACCCAGCUGGAGCUUGAGACAAUCUGUAGGCAGAGGAGUGUGGUGGAUGAGCAGAUGGCUCUGCUGCAGCAUGAGAAGAUGGAUCUGCUGAAGAGGCUGGAGGAGGACCAGGAAGAUCUCAAUGAGCUGAUGAAGAAACACAAAGCUCUCAUUGCACAGUCCUCUAGUGACAUAUGUCAGAUCAGAGACCUACAAGCUGAGCUGGAGGAGGUGAAGAAACAGAGACACACGCUCCAAGAAGAGCUUCAGCGGUGUGCGUCCAGGGUGCAGUUCCUAGAGUCAUCCACUGUGGGGCGCAGCAUAGUCAGUAAACAAGAGGCCCGUGUGUGUGACCUGGAAAAUAAAUUGGAGUUUCAGAAGGGCCAAGUCAAGAGGUUUGAGGUGCUGGUGCUGCGUUUGAGGGACAGCGUGGUUCGUCUAGGAGAGGAGCUGGAGCAGAGCGCCCAGGCUGAAGCCCGAGAGAGGGAGAACGCCCGUUACUUCCAGCAGCGCCUGCAGGAGAUGAGGCUGGAGAUGGAGGAGCUGAGCCACAGGGAGCAGGACAGCAGCCGCAGACGCAUGGAGCUGGAAAUGCAGGUGGAGGAACUCUCUGCUGUCAGACAGACUCUACAGGCUGACCUAGAGACAUCGAUCCGCCGCAUCGCUGAUCUGCAGGCUGCCCUGGAGGAAGUGGAAUCCAGCGAUGACAGUGAAACUGAAAGCGUUCAAACUGCUGUGGAGUCUUUUACUCGCAAAAGAGAUCUUGACACUGUGUCCAGUGUUGGUUCUGUUGGCUCCAAGGAUGUGGGGGAGGGCAAUCGGUCCCGUAGAGGUGGUUCUCCCUACAGCAGCCAAGAUGGCCGUCAGUCUGUCACUGAUACCAUGAGCACCUACAGCUUUCGAUCCUGUUUGGAUCCUGAUGAAGAGGGUUCUGACUUAGGAGGCGCUGGUUCCAGACAUCUCAGCCGAGCUCCAUCCUCCUCAGCGUUGUCUGAGCUGCUGGAAGGACUUCGUAAGCGCAGAGCGAGCACUGAGAUGGUGGACGGAGCGGGCAGCGCCGUGUCCCUUCCCAUUUAUCAAACGACGGGAGCGUCCACACUCAGGCGAAGAGCCUCGGCUCUUUCUCUCGGUCCAGCCGACGUUCAGGAGCCCCGACCGGGUCCCAGCAUCCUCAAACCUCCAUCUCCUCUGUUGCCACGCGCCGCUAGUGCCCACUCUGUCGCCGACUCUGAGGUAUCUGCAGCCGGUACCAAGCUUCCUCGCUUGAACUCAAGCAGCUCUGCCGCUUCCCUCCCUUCCCUGCCCCGUCUGUCCUCUUUGUCAUCCUCUCUCGCUGCUUGCCAUCCUCCUUCCCUGUCCAUCCCUGAGGAGGACCACGACGAACCACUGCGAUCCGUGACAAUGCAGCGUUCGCCGCAGCCACUGCGGCGUUGCAUGCUUGAGAGUGUCAUGGCUACAGACGGAGGUGAAGGAUCUCUGGGAUCAGAAACCAUGGUCUUCCAAAGCCGCCGUUUAACUGAUGGUUUUGACGAUGCGGCGUCAGACAUCCUGCCCGCCAUACGGAGAGCUCAAUCCACCAGCAGUCUGGCCAGCUCAAUCAGAGGAACCAGGAGGGCGCUGAGCGUCCACUUCGGAGAGCUGCCGCCUUCCACACGUAGCAGGAGAGGCUCUGAGACUGAGUCCUCCAGCUCAGGGGGAAGCUCCCAAGGUAGCGGGCCACGACGAAGAUUCGAACAGCCACAAGGAGAGAGACUGGAGGCGGAGGGGAGUGAGGGGGGAGACGUGGCUUCAGUUAUGAAGAAAUACCUGAAGAAGGAGAUCAACUGAUGCAGGCGAGCCUCCUCAUGUGUUGGCUUCCAGCUGUGAGCUUCAAAGAGACCGAGGACCACGGGAUGCUGAAUGAAAUGCUUAAGAAGACGACUCAGAUGCUUUGGACUCCUCAUCUAGAUAUUAAAGCCAAAGAGCACAAUCUCUGUAUUUUCAAAUCAAUUCUGUUUGUAUAUGAUUAAAAAAUAAAUGAAUAGUUUUCAA